AUAGAUGUAUGGGCCAGAAAGGGAUCGGAUUUUGAACCAUUAGAUUAUAAAUUCGAUAUCUUUAGAUCUUUAGCAGAAGAGCUCUUGUCAGCGAAAACUUCGAUGUCACUUGAAGUUUAUAUUACAUU